AUGUCUCGCCCUCGCUCUUUCCCUUUCCCUCUCUACCCCCUCUUCCUCCUCUCUAAUCGCCCCUACACCCGCUAUCUCGCCCUCCAGCGCGUCGCGUCACCGUCUUCCCUCCUCACGCUCUCGCCUCCCCUCCCCCUCCGUCUACCCUAUCGCCCUCCCGCCCGCGCUGUCUUUCGUGUUCCUCUUUCCGUCCGGGGGCCUCCGCCGCUCCGCCUCGCGCACCGCCCCGCACAGGCUCUCUCUAUCUCGCUCGGGCGUCCAUCUCCUUACAUUUUCUUCUUUCUUCUUUCUUUGUUCGUCCCUCGCCUUCCUCGCUCACCUCCUCGUCGCUCGCAUCAGGCUCUACCUCCUACGCCCAGGUCUUUACGCAUCAGUCGAGCGAUUAUAUUUUGCCCGCGUGUUUCGGGGCGGCCCAGGGCGGCAGGCCCGGACCGGAGAGGCCCGGGCGGCCCGGGCGGCCCGGGCGGCCAAGGGGCCAGGGCGGCCCCUGGCGGCCCGGGGGCGGCCAGGGCGAGCCCGGGCCGCCCGGGCAGCCCGCGCCUUCGCUCCGACCGCGCCCACCCCCCGCCGCGCCCCGCUUCCGCGGUGGACUAUUUUGACCUUCGCCGCGCGCGCGCGCCUCUUCCUGCGUCUUUCCUUGAGUAA